AUGUCUUGCCCGGUCCAGCACAAUGUCCACACUGGUGAGAAAGCCAGCGGAACGGCCAAGACGAAUGGCGAAGGCCAGCCAGCCCCUGGUGCCUACAUUAGGUGGGACGCCUCAGGCGUGUCCACCGCCCCUCCGGGUGAGCAAGAAAAGAUCUGGGAAGUGUCUCAACAAUUCAGCCGCUUUCAGAUGAUGAACUUCAAUGAACACAUGCACUGCCUCCGUGGUACCCAUCUCAAAACCCAAGGAUGUGUCAUCGGCAAGCUCACAGUCCGCGACGACCUCAAGCCUGAGCUCGCCCAAGGCAUGUUCGCGAAGCCUGGUGCCUACGAUGUCAUCAUGCGCUAUUCCUCUCUCACUCCCAAGAUUGUUCCUGAUAACGUCGCUGCUCCUCGUGGUAUCGGCAUGAAGAUAUUCGGUGUCAAAGGUGAGAAGAUUUGGGGUGAGGACAAAAAUACUCAAGACUGGACCUUCAACAACUACCCCAUCCUCGAACUCCGCACCCCGCAGGUCACCUACGAGAUUGCCGACUGCCUAGAGCAGAAUUGGAACGACAUCCCAAAGUUUGCCGAGGAACAGAGCAAGCGUGUAGACGCCGAUGUUGCAACUUUUGGCAGUCAGCUUCCACGCCAGCACAUGGUUGCAAUGCCGCAGUAUUCUCAGUCUGCCUACCGCCACGGUGACUAUGUCGCCAAGUAUGGAGUCUUCCCACUUGGUGAGAAACAAAAGGCCCUGGAGAAAGAAUACGUCAAGGACGACGAUCCCAUCAACAUUCUCUCCCAGCACACUCGAGCCUUCCACAUGGCCAACAAGGUCACCUACUCCUUCUGCGCUCAGCUGCUACAAAACCUCGACGAGCAGCCCGUGGAAGACAUUGGAGUCGAAUGGGAUCCCAAGAAAUACCCCUUCGAGGAGGUUGCGAGACUCGAGUUUGACCCGCAAGACAGCUGGAUCCCCGAAUUCCGCGUCUGGUGGGACGACCGCAUCACGUGCAACAGCUGGCAUGGUCUCAAGGAGCACGAGCCUCUUGGCAGCACCAACAGACUGCGGCGUGUGGUCUAUGCUGAGAGCAGGAAAUUGAGAUUGAAGGUCAAUGGAUUCGGAUCAGACUACAUCGAGCCUGCCAGUUUGAAGGAAGUGCCUGUGCCUGCACCGGCUCCCCAGCUUGACCUGCCUCACCAACCAGCUACUACGAGUGCUGCCGUGUCAGCCGCUGCCUAG